AUGGCCGAAGAACCUCAGUUGAAUUCUAUCCAGCAACGGAUCGCCGCCCUCAACCAGUCGCAACUGGCCGGCCCACCGGGAGGCCCUGGACCAUCAUUCCGCCCGAACACCCAACGGAGCGCGUCAGCCAACAACCCUCCCUCAUACGAUGCAGUUGGCUCUGUGGUGGAUCGAACAUUUGUCGGAAAUGAGCCCGCAGAUAACAGAACUCAGAGGCCGGUCCUUGAACCGCCUUCAAUGGAAACUCUCCGACCUGAAUUGAAACCAAAGCCAAAAGCCCCUCCGCCAUUGCCCACGCGAAGAUCGGAUCGUCUGCCUCCCCCUACACCGGCUCGUCCUGCGCUACCACCGCGUAGGCCGACGGAUAUAAAGCACAAGCCCUCCCUUGAGUCGGUCACCUCCGAUGCGUCGCGUUCGACAACGUCCACAGCUACAACUGCGGGGCGAGGCACAUCGACAACCUCGUUGAACUCCAAUGGGAACAACCGUAUCAAGGCGCCUGCAUGGGGCGAGGCAGAACUUCCUACGCUACCUCCCCGCCGACCGAAGGAGCAAGUUAGUUUGGAACCGCCCCCGCGGCCUACAAUAAGUAGUAAGAGGAGCUUUGGGAGCUUGUCUGCCAGAUUGACCUCCAAGAUAUCGCUACCGGGGUCCAAACCGCCUGUUCCCCCUGUUCCAAGUCAGCCUGCACGGCCGACUCAACCUCCUCGUCCUACGCAGCCUCCACGACCUACAUCAUCCCCGCAUCCCAGCGAACCACCCCCACGAUAUGAGGCCGAGGAGGAACCCCCAGCGCCUCGACUGCCACCACGCCGGCCAUCCGCAGUGAAUGCAGAGACAAAUGGAACGAGUAAUGGCUUGAGUGUCAAUCUACCGAUUCGCAAGACAUUACCUCCUCCGCCAACGGCUGCGCAAAUCAAGGAUGCUAGACAGUUCGGUUUUGGUAACAAAAGUCCAACUAUCCCACCCAAACCCGGCAAAUCUGCUUCGAAUGGAACACCCCCACCGAUUCCGCGUGGCUCUCGUCCGGAUAUAUCAAAAAUUAUGGCUACAAAGCCACGUUUUUAUGGGUCAACCGUCUCUCCAAGCCCUCCACAUCCCACGUCAGACACAGAAUGCUUAGUAUGCCGGGAUUUCUCGGGCCCUGAUAACCAUGCAGCCAGGUAUCCUCGUGCAUCACUUCCCACACAGGAUAUGGCGUGGCUAGCCAAUGAAUUGACCGCACCGUUCCCAUCUAUGACGGACAAGGCACGCGCGAUAUUUACCUGGUUACAUCAUAACAUUUUCUACGAUACCUAUUCCUUCUUUAACAACUGCGUGAAACCCUCAACACCAGCUAGUACUCUGGCAUCUGGAAUGGCAGUCUGCGAAGGCUACGCAGGACUAUUUGCAGCAUUAGCCACCCACGCCGGUCUAGAGGCAGUAGUAGUCGGCGGCCACGGCAAAGGCUUCGGACACCACGCUCUUGCCCCAGGUGCCCCUGUGCCCCCAUACGAAGGCAACCAUGCCUGGAACGCCGUCAAGAUCGACGGAGGCCGAUGGAAAUUAAUCGACUCCUGCUGGGGCGCUGGGGCAAUAGAAGGCGAGGGACAGCCAUACAAGCAGCGCUUCGAACCGGAAAUGUUCUCGAUGCCAAACGAAGAGUUCGGUCUAAAGCACUUCCCAGAAAACAAACGCCAGUUCUUCCGCGAGGACGGACGCCCCGAUCUAACCUGGGAAGACUACAUCCUCACAGACCCGGAACGACCAAACGGCGUCGAAGGCCUAAAAGUCUACAGCGAUGCCGACAAGCGCUCUAUCGGCCGCAAGACUUUCCACCCACAAGGCCUACAUAUCUCCAUCAGCACCCCUGGCGCAAUGCGCUUCCAGUUCGGUCUCCUCUGUCCGCACUGGACUCUGUCUCGCCACAGCCAUAUCCAGCAUGCGGGCUUGUUCCUGCUUAUGAUCCAUGGUGUGGACGGACGCGAGGAUGACAGACUCCCUUUCACACAUGUAUCAGGCUCCGGGCCCGCUGGUGGUGGCGAGUUCUGGUAUGUAGAUGUCCCCAGUGCGCGUAUGCUCGGUGCGCCUGGUCAGAAGCUGCAAUUGGCUGUGUUGACUAAGUUUGGGGAUCGGGAGGAUGCUAGUGGUGUUACAGCGGAGGAGUUCCGGGAGAAGGUUGGCCGGGUUGGUAUGGCUUGGGCUUAUGUCGCUGAGUGGGAGCUGGUUAGGUAG